GAAAUUAUCAGUUCGAUUCCACGCCCGGUUUAUAACGGUUCGAAGGUCUGGUAUGGUUAGGUGUUAGGUGUAAAAGUUAAAUAGCAUUAAAUUCCGUUAUUUCUCUGGUCAUUAGAGGCCGCGCAGUGAAAAUGUGGAAAAAUUCAGCCACCGCAACUCUGACCUUUGCGUUCGCUUUAAUUGCUAGUGUCCACGGGCAAACUCCAGAUAGGAUAUGUGCCACUACCAAAUUCACCGAGCAGUGUCUUCAGCUACAUCGUGGCAAUACGGAAGUUGUAUGUGUCACCGUGCAGGAUAGUAUCGAAUGCGCUCAGAAUAUCCGCAAUGGAACAGCCGAUAUCGGAAUUUUUAGCGCGGAAAGCAUGUUGCAAUUAGCCACACUAGGAUGGGAUGGACUUACGAUCGUUAAAGAGCUACGACAUAAGGAUCGUAUUCGAGAAGCUGUUGACUACCGUGCAGUAGUAGUAGUUCCUUCAGGACAUCAGGGUGGGCUGGAGGGGUUACGCGGAAAGAAAUUCUGCCAUCCAGGAUUACACUACGGCCGCCAACAACGCUGGAGCGAGCGCUUUCUAAAGCAUUUUGAACGAUUGGUUGUUCCAACACCCUGUGAGGAUCAGAAAAGUGGAGCCGAAAUUGAAACAGCGGCUUUAUCCAAAUUUUUCCAGUCGGCUUGUCGUCCUGGAAAGUGGUCCAACGUACCCCAAGAAGACGCAGAAUUGAAAACUAAGUACCCGAAUCUCUGUGAAUUAUGCCACAAUUCCAACCAAUGUAGUUACGACGCAACGACCGUGUCCAAUCAUCGCGCCGCACUGGAUUGUCUUCGCUCAGGAGGUGAUGUAGCUUACGUAUCACAACAGGAUGCGGUUGAAUUUUUCACCUUUAACAACGACAUUACGGAAAACUACGCCUAUCUAUGUCCAAACGGGACGCUAGUACCGGUGAAAGAUACCACCAACAUAUGCUCCUGGUUAACUCAGCCAUGGCCGGUCAUUAUGUCUACCGCUGCACGGCCGGUUGAGAUUGCAUCACGAAUUGAUCGGUGGAUGCGCGGAGUUAGUGGAUCGGUUUGGGAGACUGCUAUACAGGAAAUUAUUGGUCAGGACAGCCAAUCCGUAAUCUCCGCUGGAUCUAUCCAAGCUCCGGUAGAUUAUCUUCGACCCUAUCGGCAAAUUCCGAUUCCGUCGGAUCUCUGUCAAACUACGGCUCGCUGGUGUACCACAUCGCUCGAGGAGAAAGAAAAAUGCGAUGUACUCCGGACAGCUGCAUUAACAUCCGGAAUCCUUCCCAUUAUUGAGUGUACGGAUCCCGUAACCAGUCGAAUGGCUUGUUUUAGUGAUAUCGCCAGCCAACGAGCAGAUUUUAUUGGAAUCGAUUCUAAUUUUGGCUUCUUGGCAAGGCAUCUGUUUAACUUGACUGCGGCAAUGUUCCAGGAAACCGAGAAAGAGAAGUACUCGUCAGUUGUGGUGAUUGUUCGCGACGACAGCCGCUUCGCUCGUUUCGAGAAUUUGCGCAACGCCAAAGCCUGCAUUCCAGAGUUUGGUGGAAUCGCAUCGAUUGCGUUCAUCAAUGUUGGUAGAACACGUGGUGUGUUUGAUCGAAAUGUUUGCAACUACGGACGAUUGCUGGGAGACUUUUUCGGCGACUCGUGUGCCCCUGGUUCGCGGGACAGCCUGCACGACCCGAAUGGUGUUAAUGCCGAAUCAUUGUGCACCCUUUGCCACAAUGCGUUCCGGCCGAACGAUACCGUAGUAUCCCCCCGGGCUGGCGAUGCCGCUGAAGAAGACACGACGGCUGUACAUGAUGAGUUGGAACUGCAGCCACCGGAGAUUCAAAGUAAGAGUGAUUUAGAGGGCACCAUCGAUAGAAAUGUUAAUUGCGCUGCAAGUCAAAAUAAUCCAUUCUAUGGGACGAAAGGUGCGCUGAACUGUUUGAUGCAGGGCGGGGAGGUGGCCAUUGUUGAAGCUCAGAACUUAGCUGAACAUGCUCGUGCGUUGGGAAUGAAUCCAAACGAUUACAGAAUUUUGUGUCGUAAUGGUACAUUAGCAGCAUAUCCCGGAUUUCAAAUAGAUGAAGAAUGUGUGCUAACAACUAUUGUCGAUGGUGAGAUUGUUGUGCGACGCAAAUCUUCUAGAACAGCUGGUAUCGUUAAUGCAUUAAGUUCGCUAGACGUGUAUCUUCAAAGUGAUCCGGAUUUUAAGAUGUACAACAUUUAUAACGGUGUGAAAAAUUUACUCUUUGAAGAUUCAGCUUUAGGGUUAGUUUCCACUCAGCACACCGAGUUAGGUCAUGCUGUACAGAACUACAUUCGUUUGUUCGAAAAUAUCGAGGACUGCAAAAACAGCGCAGGAACUACAACUGUCAGCCCAGGAGGAGGCGCAGCCAUGAUAACCAUCAACGUGUUUAUGACAUUCUUGUUUGUUUUGUACAACGUCGUUAGAAGAUGAAAGAUAGCUUAUAAGAAAAUUUCUUUCAUACAUCGAAUUAGUUUUUAGAAAUCACUUUCGCAAUUUCCAUAUAAACUGUUCAAUUGUAUUAUUUUUCUAAGAAACCAUUAAUAAAGAUCGAACGAAUUCAG